AGGUCAUUUUAAAACCUGUUUUAGGGAUGCUGACUUUAGAUUGUUAACUUUAUUCUGUGUUUCUUGCCUCAUUGUGUGAUGUUCAAGCCUAGGCCCACAUGGUUGGUUGUGGUUGUGUAUCCUAAACAGAACGACAUUGCUUCUGUUUACCUGCAGUGACCUGUGGCUGCUUUCAGACGAUAUCGUGUGGAUGUUAUGGUCACAUGAUGACCCUGCUCAACAUCUCAGUCGUCAUUUCCAGAUGCUUAUCCCCCGACAGAUCUGUCCCCGUCUGCCUGUCCUGCUGCAUAACAAUCACGUCCUCGCGUGGCUGCGUUGCCAUGGACGAUAAUAGAAGUUAAAAAACGUUGAAGAAAAUGAAAGUUGGUGAGUGUUGGCAAUAUUGUGGUUUAAUUUGUAUCCUUUAUUUUGUAAGAUGAUGCAGCAGAAAUGUGCGUGCACAUUAUGGUGUUAAUUAAAAAAAACAAUUAGUAAAAGCAACAAACGAAUGAAAUCACUCGGAAUGAUAUACUCACUGGGUCAUACUGUGUGUGUGUGUGUGUGUGUGUGUGUGUGUGUGUGUGUGUGUGUGUGUGUGUGUGUGUGUGUGUGUGUGUGUGUGUGUGUGUGUGUGUGUGUGUGUGUGUGUGUGUGUGUGUUAGUUAAAGAUAGAGCUUAAUUGCUCGUACCUAGCGGCACCCAAGCGGAUAUGUAGACCGUCUGCCAUUGGCUGAGACGCGCUCACAGUCAGGUGACGUCGCUCGUUCUCAGCCGGGAGCAGUCCGCUCUGGUGUUAUGUGGAGUACGCCGCGCGAACCAUUUAGAUCCGACCCUCCACAAGACGAGUGAGAUUCCACUUUACGCGUGACUUAAAAGAAGCAUGUUUUUACCCACGAACUCUGAGGGUUUAACGAAAACAUAACUUAGUGUACCUGACAAAAAAAAAAGGAAAAUAAAAUGGACUUUAAGGACAAUAAUCAAAGUCUGCUGCUGAACACGCACGGCGGGACACCUCCCGCCAAAGUGAUCUUCGGCAUCGGCGUGGACAACCUGAUCUCCCUCCUGGUGUUCGCCCUAGUGUUCGUGCUGGGCGUGCUGGGCAACUCCGCCGUGAUCACGGUGCUCGCGCGCAGCAAACCGGGCAGCCGGCGCGGCACCACCAACGUGUUCAUCCUCAACCUGAGCGUGGCCGACCUGUCCUACCUGCUCUUCUGCGUGCCAUUCCAGUCCACUAUCUACAUGCUGCCCACGUGGGUGCUCGGCGCGUUCAUCUGCAAGUUCAUCCACUACUUCUUCACCGUGUCCAUGCUGGUCAGCAUCUUCACGCUGUCCGCCAUGUCCGUGGACCGCUACGUGGCCAUCGUGCACGCGCGCCGGUCCUCGUCCAUCCGCGUGGUGCGCCACGCCACCCUGGGGGUGGUGGUUAUCUGGGCUCUGUCGCUGGGCAUGGCGGCGCCCGUGGCGCAUUACCAGAGCAUCGUGGAGAGCGGGGACAACAACACGUACUGCUGGGACGAGUGGCCCGACCCGCACAAGAAGGUGUACGUGGUGUGCACGUUCGUGCUCGGCUACCUGCUGCCCCUCGCGCUCAUCUCGGUGUGCUAUGCCAAGGUUUUAAAUCAUUUGCACAAAAAUCUAAAGAACGUUUCCAAAAAAUCUGAAAUCUCCAAAAGAAAGACCGCUCAGACGGUGCUGGUGGUGGUGGUGGUGUUCGGCCUGUCUUGGCUGCCCCACCACGUCCUCCACCUGUGGGUGGAGUUCGGCCACUUCCCCCUCAACCAGGCCUCCUUCUACUUCCGCAUGCUGGCGCACUGCCUGGCCUACAGCAACUCCUCCGUCAACCCCGUCAUCUACGCCUUCCUCUCGGAGAACUUCAGGAAGUCAUACCGCCAGGUGUUCCGCUGCUGCCGGGGUCCCGCCGCCGCCGCCGCCGCAGUUAGCCGCGGUCCUCAGCUGGACGAUAAGUGCGGCAUCCGUUGCAGCCGUGCCAACACCACGCCGUUCACGGGGAGUCGUGAGUUGGUGUAGCCCUACGGCCCCCCCCGCUGGCGACGUGGCGCGCCACGCGUUAAUGGCGGUCCGCUGCUAUGCGCUUGUCGGACGCUAACCCUCGACGAGCGUCCGACAAGCGCAGCGUCCGACAAGUACAGCGUCCGACAAGCAGAAUCCGAAAAGCAGAAUCCGAAAAGCAGAAUCCGGAAAGGAGAAACUGAAAAGCAGUGUCCAACAAGCGCAGCGUCCGACAAGCAGUGCCUGAAAGCAGAAUUCGAACGACCGACAAGCCGCCGUCCGACAAAUGCUGCGUCCGUCAAGCACAGCGUGCCCAAAGCGUAGCGUCCGAUAAACGCAAAGUCCGACAAAUGCAAAGUCUGACUAGCGCAACGUC